UUUUUUUAUCCUAUUUUUCUUUUUUUUCUGCAAUCCCCAAGAGGGUCGCCGGGCUAGCUCCAUUUCGGCAGAGCGCCAACACGUCUGUCACGUGCUUCGUUCAAUGACGAACAUGAGCGAAGCCUCGCGUGAAUUCUCGUGGCCGCUUUCUUCUGCAGAAAUUCUCGAGGACUUGAAUAGUUUGAGGAAAGCAAGGACUGAUCCCAAGUUCUUAAGUUCGCUCGUUUCUGGUCACAAAAAGGGCCAGAGCGAUUUCGUUCAAGCGGCCGAGCCACCCGCAGAACGUUCAUUGCACAAAUGGAGCCAGAUGACCCUAGAAGAGUUCAGGGAUGAGCUGGCAAAGGUCUCCGAAAAAUACUCGGCCAUUCAAGACCAGCUGUUCGAAGACGUCUACGAUACAAGUCUUACAUCUGCCGCUCUACAUAAACGGCUACAAGAGACCCAAGAAGACUUAGAGGACCUAUCAACAGAGCUAAGCAGGCUCGGGACGCACUAUGAGACCAUGCUGGAAGCUCUUUCCGGUGAACACGCAUAAAAAUUCAAUUACCAAU